AUGUCGACCAGGAGAGGUGUCGGUUUGGGCGCUUUCACCAACAGAAAUGCCACCGCUCAAUCCUACGCUGCGCACGGCUCAAACUUGAAAUCCGCCAACGCAGCCUCGCUCCAGGCGCAACUGGAAGUCUUUCAGUCUCUGCUUCAUAACUUCGCACUGGAACAUGCGGCGACCAUCAAAUCAAACCCGACAUUCCGAGCCGAAUUCGCGCGCAUGUGCAAUGCCAUCGGCGUCGACCCUUUAGCGGGCUCCAACAUUAAAGGUAAAAAAGCGGAUUCGCUUUGGGCGAAAGUCCUAGGGCACGAUGUAAACGACUUUUAUUUUUCGGUCGCGGUGAGGGUUGUGGAGUUGUGCCAGGCAACGAGGGCGGAAAAUGGCGGCUUGAUUGGACUGAAGGAGUGUUGUGAGAGCGUGGCCCGGGGAAAAGCCAUUGGUAGUGGUCUGCAAGUGUCAGAAGAUGACAUUGAGAGGGCUGUUAAGUCACUCGAACCCCUUGGGUCGGGAUUCCUUAUUCUCACGAUUGCGAACAAGCGCUUUAUCCGAUCGGUGCCAAAGGAAUUUAACACUGAUCAGUCUACGGUGCUGGAAGUCCUACAACUACUCGGCAGUGUGACAGUGUCCCUCCUGCAGCUCAACCUGGGAUGGGAGCGGGCGCGUGCUGAGACUGUCAUUCAAGAUUUGCUUGCGGAUUCUUUGGUCUGGGUGGAUCAUCAGUGCCCGGAGCCGGAAUAUUGGUCACCUCAAGGACUACUAGACGAAAGUGAUUGA